AUGAUCAUACACGGCGGAGCCGCCCAGAAAAGUUUUUCCUCGCCAGAGCAAGGCGUCUCCCCGCGCCACGACAGGCCUCGCGGGGAGGGCCUGGAGCUUAGCACCGUUAGCUUAGGGCUUCGUGAGGGCGGCGAGGAUGCGCUGGUGUCGGCUGCCCCGCCGCCCGUGCAGCGAUGGGGGUCGUUUGCGGAGUUUGGGGCGGCCGGGGGGCGGGAGCGCGGCAGGGCCUCCCUCGCCCCGACGCCGUCCAUGGCGGCGCUGGCCUCGGAGUACCCGCAGGCGUGGAGAUGGCGGGAGGCAAGCACGCUGACGCUCGACCCCCGUGAGGGGGAGCGGGGUUGGCAGAGCCUUCGCGCGGGAGAUGCGCGGGAGGAGGUGGACGCGGAUGCGGCGUCGUCGUCGUCGUCGUCGUCGUCGUCGUUUACAUCGGCGCCCAUCUCCCCGUCAUGCGCGCCGUACGCGUUCACCAGCAACAGGAACCCCGGCGAGGAGGAUGCGAGGGGACUGAGUCACGCGGCUUCCAACGCGACCCCAGGAUCGAGCGACUCAGAGAACGACGGCGGCUCUCUGACUAGUAAUGAAGAUGUAGAAAACGACGAGGACGAGGACGAGCAGCAACUGCGCGGGACGGAGUCGGUGCUGCGUCCCUGCUCAAGGAGGAGGGGCACGCUGCAGCAGGCCACCGUUCCCAUUUAUCGUAGAUCGGUAUACCGCCGCCUCAGCGACGUGUACGGGCACCCGGAUGCGGCGUUCCUCGGCCAAAGCUUUUUUCGGGACAAACACUCAGCUCUAGAGGCGGGGGACUCCUUUCAGCGCAGCCUCUCCAGCCAGGCGUUCCUGCCGUCUCAGAUUAGCGGUUGCUCUGCCUUUUACCGGAGCAAGAAGGGGUGGAGCAAUUGUGGCUCCUGGAUGCGUCGCGGCAGCGGCACCUCCGUGGAUCACGGUGUCAUGGUGCAAGGCCUGCACAUGCAAGAGAGACGUUUCCCACCCCCACGAUACGCAAAUGUGAUGCCUCCACAAGGAGGCGAUACGCUUCCUGGGUCCGUGGAUAGGCUCUCUUCUGGGGCCCUCCCCCGCCACCCGCUUGCCUCUUCUUAUGCGACGUCGGCCCGCCCUGGAUUCAGGUCAAGAAGGCCUGUUUGGUUUGCGAACUCCAGGAGCAACAAUUCCUGGCAGUACUCCAGCAGCACCGGCGAUGAGCCCAAAGGCUGCGACUUUUCGCAAGCCGAUCAGCCAGAGGCACCCUCCGAUGGGUGGUUGCUGCAGGCCAAGAACAGCAUAAAGCGGGUGGACUCGCCUGAGUGGACCGAGGAGGGCCGGCCGCGACCCCCGGUAAAUUCGAAGUUCCAAUGCAUGCCGUAUGGUUCACCGCUCCCACAUCAACAAUUUCCAAUCCGGCCGCCACACUCGCCGCAUUUUCAUUUUCCAUUGACGAAUGAAAAGCCAGUGAAGGUGUAUUCGUCUAGGGGGAAGUAG